UUCCGGGGGCGGAGCCUGUGUCUUAAAGAGACACGGACAUCGGGGUCGCCUGGAAGAUCCGGCAGUUUUUCGUGUUUCUUUAAAGACCGACUGACCGUGGAUCGAAUGAGGUUUGUUCUCUGCCCCCCUCCCUCCCUCGUCCGACCUUCAGACCACCCCUACCCCAUGGAAGCGAGCUCCCAGUGCUCGGUGACGAUUGGCUCCGGCGAUUUCCUGCUUCGAAUCGUGCCCUGCCGCAGCCGGCGCGUGCCAGUGGAGCCGGUGGAGCUCGGUUUCCCUGUCUGCCCUCCCUUCCCUCUUAGGGUUGUUAGAGCCGAGCAUCAUGACGGAGAAGCGGGUCUCCCGCUGGUACUUCGGCGGGCUGGCGUCCUGUGGAGCCGCGUGCUGCACUCAUCCUCUGGACCUGCUCAAGGUUCACCUGCAGACGCAGCAGGAGGUGAAGAAGAGGAUGAUGGGGAUGGCCAUUCAUGUGGUGAAGAACGAUGGUGUGCUGGCUCUUUACAGUGGCCUCUCGGCCUCCCUCUGCAGGCAGAUGUCCUACUCGCUCACCCGGUUCGCCAUCUAUGAGUCUGUGAGGGACCUGAUGGGUGCAAAGAGCCAAGGGCCCAUGCCCUUCUACCAGAAGGUCCUGCUGGGAGCUUUCGGAGGGUUCACGGGGGGGUUCAUUGGCACCCCAGCAGACAUGGUCAAUGUGAGAAUGCAGAAUGACAUGAAACUCCCACUGGAGCACAGGAGGAACUACAAGCAUGCUCUGGAUGGCCUCUACAGGGUCUUCAGGGAGGAGGGCAUCAGAAAGCUAUUCUCUGGGGCCUCCAUGGCCUCCAGCAGGGGGGCUAUGGUGACUGUGGGACAGCUGGCGUGUUACGACCAGGCCAAGCAGCUGGUGUUGGGAACAGGAAUGAUGGGAGACAACAUCCUGACACACUUCUUGUCCAGCUUCAUUGCUGUGAGUUGGAACUUUCUUUGCCGUUAUGAGAGAUUCAAGCCUGCAGAACUUCAGAUGGACACUUCUUCUCUGCAGGGCGGCUGUGCCACCUUCCUGUGUCAACCCCUGGAUGUGCUGAAGACGAGGCUGAUGAACUCCAAAGGGGAGUACACUGGCGUUCUACACUGCCUUAAGGAGACGGCCAGGCUUGGUCCUCUGGCCUUCUACAAGGGUCUGGUUCCCGCUGGGAUCCGCUUGAUUCCUCACACCGUUCUCACCUUCGUUUUCCUUGAGCAACUCAAGAAAUACUUUGGCAUUCUCGUCGUCUCCUGAGCAACGCUGAUGCAGCCGUUUAAAGAACAUACGGGAGAAGGAAAGAGGGCAUUGAUCUUCAUCUUCUACCUCGAUUCCUGAGGAGUCCCUCCCGUCCGGCUGCAGUCACAACAGAAAAAUGGAAUCUUUAAAACUCUACUGUGACCUUUUGCAGCACUUUAAACUUAGACGAGUACGGGAGCUUCAUUGUUUCAGGUUCAUGCUGCAGUCCUUCUCCUUUUUUAACAACCACUUCCUUUCUGACCAAACCUGUCCUCAUGUUUCCACACCUGUUUUGUUCUGAACUGGAACUGAACUAGUCCUCAACCUGCAGCUUCUUCUGUCAUUCCAGUGUGACGAGUCUACAGGAGAACAGGACCAAACUCCUGUCCUGGUUUCUUGGUUCUUCUGCAGAAACAGUUCCAGAUAAACGUCCUGAUCAUGCAGAGCUGGUCUCUGGGUGCAGUCUGACCUCGGACUCUGCAGAUCUGCAUUAUUUUCCAGCAUCUGCUUCAGUCUUCCUGCUCUGUUCAUGCUGCCUUACUGUGUACAUCACUAAUCUCUAAUCCACCAAUCACCAGAGUCUCUCCCAAAUAGAAUUUAAAAAUGAUGAACUCUAAGCUAGCGUUAAACGAUCGUUUGAUACUGUGAGGUAUUAUGAAUGUUUGUAAUAACUGUAUUUUAGAGAAACUGGAGAUUAAAGUUGAGUAAUCUUUGUAAUAAACUACUAAUUGAACAAG